GAAAACGUCAACAGGAUUUUCACAGUUCUUACUCUUCUGUCAUAGCUCCUCACCAGAGGUCGCUGACGAUGUGGACGGUGUUGCUGCUGUCAGUUUUGUUUAUUUUUCCAGGUUGUUUGACUCAAGACAGAAGCCACUCUAUUAGCGGAUCGCCUCCAAAAACUGUGGUAAGUCAGAAGGAUCAGUUUAUUGAAGUACAGGAAGGAGAGACAGUCCAUCUGGAAUGCAAUGCCAAGGCAGACUCGGGUAAAUUAUUUUAUGAGUGGUAUAAAGAUGGAGAAAUUCUGGAGACUUACUUUCGUAACAGGUUCGACAUAACAGAAGAAACUGGGAUUUUACAAAUAAGAUCAACGAAAUGUUCUGAUAGUGGGGUGUACACCUGUGAAGCGGUCAAUGGGUUUGGAAGUGUGAAGUUCAGUAUAAACCUACGAGUUACUGCAGAUCCAAGUCAUCAAAAACCUCAGAUACAAACACCUCAUUCGCAGAAUAUCACUGUUAACGAGGGUAAUCCAGUGGUUCUACAGUGUAAGGUCUCAAGUACAACUGAACCAGUUAUAAAGUGGUUAAAACAAAUUUCAGCGAAAGAAAAGACACGAAGAAAACUACUAAAAGUUCCCGGAUUUAAAUACAAAAAAGAGUAUUAUAUAGUUCUGCAAGGUUCUUCAGGAGUUCCAGAAAUAGAUGGUCAUUAUGCAAACAAACUUGAGAUAGCAUCAACCAGGAAAUCAGACGCCGGCAAAUACAUCUGUUUGGCUGCAAAUUACCAAGGUUUCAGAUCAACGGAGGUUAUUUUACAGGUCGUUAAUCCUGCUAAUACUUCUCAUGAUCAAGAACUUGGUGAAGUACAAGGUAAAACUAACAUAACAUAUUCGCCCAGUAAAGGAGUUCCGGCAACUAAAGUAACCAGUACCACUGGAUUUCAAUUCGCCAUCACAAUAAUAACAUCAGUGUGCGUUGUGGCAGUUGUGCUUGCGACGUUACUCGGGGUUAUGUUACGCGAAUCAAAGAGUUCACGAAACAACUGUGGGCAUAAGGGGAGUCCAACAGAAGUCCCUCUCACGGCAGCCAAUGAGAAAGCACCAAAUCUAGAGUUAUCGAAAGUUCACUGUCAUCAACACCAUCACCACGAGCAUCAUUACCAUUAUUUACCCUGACCAAAAUCAAAAACUCUCCUAUGAUAUAGAAAGUGGAAAAUUUGUUAGAAAUUUUAUCGUGUUGUUUGUUUUAUUUAUGCAGCUUGUCAUCCCUUUUUCUUUCUUUUCUUUUGCGCGCGACAUAUGUUGGAAUCCCUUUUUUAAGACUCUAAGACGAAUUCGAGCUUUAUUUCACAAACUGUCAUUUCUCUAUGAGUUACUACUGUGUUCAUCGUCGAGUUUCAAUUAUUUUAAGCAUUCCAGGCAAAACCACGUGUUUCUAUAAGUAUUUUAGAAGGAAAAAAAGAACUAUACAAAUCAAGACAAUAGGUGGUAAAAAUGCCUAUGUAGCAUUUAAACGUUCCCAUUUUGUGUUCUUUCACCAUUGUACAAACUACAGAAAAUUUCUUUGUAUAUGUGUGUGUAACAUUUUAUAACUGAAUAAAUACUUU